AUGAAACCCGCAGCUCUGAAUUACCAUAGAAGGAAGGAAUGUGGAAGGACAUUUCAUUGUCCCGUGUGUUCUCGAGGGUACAAGACAAAAGGUACAGAGAGGAGGGGAUUAAGGUUUUAUUGUGAUUGUGGGAGAAAGUUUAUAUCCAUCUCUCAUCUUCGGUCGCAUCAGAAACAUGAGUGUGGAAAAACUUUUCCUUGUUCACUCUGCGGUAAACAUUUUAAGACCCGCAAACAGAUCCCAUUGCAUGUCAAAAUGGUACAUUUUGACAUGAUUACUAAAACUGGACCAAAAUUAGAUUCUUAA